AUGGAAUUGUUUAAAACUGGAGACUGGAACUUGAAGGCUGAUAAAAUCGCUUUCCAAUCGACGGAAAAGAACGCCGCGAAGAAAGUGAAGAAAGAGCAGAGGAAGAAGAAGAUAAAGGAGAGGAAGGAUGCUCAGAUAAAGCAGGCACAGGAGGAAGACAGCGAGGAGUCCUUUUCAGACGACGAGAUCGAGACAAUCCCAGUGGUCACGGAACAAAAAGUCACCAAAAAGAAGCAACCCGUGGCGACGAAACCGGCUAUCGCUCUGCAGGCAAAGAGGAAGUUGACCCCACUGCAGCAGAAGAUGAUGGCCAAACUAUCUGGCUCCCGUUUUAGGUGGAUCAAUGAGCAACUGUAUACCAUCUCUUCGGAAGAUGCCUUAGAGCUGAUCAAGAGCCAGCCAGAGUUGUUCGAUGAGUACCACGACGGGUUUAGGUCCCAGGUGUUGACUUGGCCUGAGAACCCCAUUGACGUUUUCAUUGACCAGAUCCAAACACGUUUGAAAAGGAACAUUAACGCACCAGGUGGGUUGCCAGGGUUGCCCCACUCCAGAAAACUGAUUAUUGCCGAUAUGGGCUGCGGUGAAGCCACGUUGGCGCUCAAAGUUAACAAUUUCUUCAAACAGAACAAAAGACUUAAAAAGAAGAUAGAGUACAAAGUGCACAGUUUUGAUCUGAAGAGGGUAAACGAGAGAAUCACCGUUGCGGAUAUCAAAAAUGUCCCAUUGCCUGAUGAAUCCUGUUCAAUUGUCGUUUUUUGCCUUGCUCUAAUGGGUACGAACUUCUUAGACUUUAUCAAGGAAGCUUAUAGAAUCCUGACUCCCAGAGGAGAGAUCUGGAUCGCAGAGAUCAAAUCUCGUUUUGCAGACGGGAAGGGGGACGAGUUUGUCAACGCUUUGAAGCUUUUGGGGUUCUUCCAUAAGAACACCGAUGACUCCAAUAAAAUGUUCACCAGAUUUGAAUUCUUUAAACCACCUGAGGAUAUAUUGAAGGAGAGAAUUGCGAAAUUGGAAAGGAGGCAGAAAUUUAUAGAGGUUCAAACGGAGAAGGAGCAACUAGAGACCAAAAGAAAGAAGGCUGCUGAAGGUAAAUGGUUACUAAAACCAUGCAUAUAUAAAAGAAGGUGA